AUGCCAGCAUAUCAUUCCAUCUUCUUGGAGGACCGCGAUGUCCCCGUCAUAGGGAACUUCCCAAUCCUGCCUCUGCGCACUCGCACCCGGGGUCCCGCAUACACCCUCCCCCAGCUCCCUCCCAACACCUUGGACAUCGACGUCACCCCGGACAACGAAUCCUACGACUGUGUCGACGAGAUCCUGUCGCUCUUCCGGGCCAAUGUCCUGUUUCGCAACUUUGAGAUCAAUGGUCCGGCUGACCGCAUGCUCAUCUAUGGGACCCUCUUCGUCAGCGAGUGUCUUGGCAAGGUCAAGCCGACCAUGACCGCCCGGGAUGCGGAGAAGGCCCUCAUUAAUGCCGCCCUCGAAAACUUCGCCGUCCCCGGUGAUGUCUCGUUCCCGCUCAACCAGGCCUUUGAGCCCCCACGCGACCGCCAAGACGCAGAGAGUCUCCGGCAGUACAUCUCGCAAGUGCGACAGGAAAUCGCCGUCCGGCUACAUGCUCGACUAUACCCUGGCGGAGUCGGGCCGUCAAAGUUCUGGCUAAGUUUCACAAAGAGAAAGUUCAUGGGGAAGAGCCUGUAG